UACGCAACUUGGAUUGGUCACCUUAGAAGCUGGUUUCAACCGUGUGUAGACACUCACUCGAAUGGGGUUUGGAACACAGUGGGAACGGAUAGAGGAACAUCAGGUUGAGAGCGUUGUGAAACCACAAUGGAGAUACUCUUUGGCAAAUAAAAGGAAAUAACCUAACCCAAUAUUUACCCCUGGACAUCACCACGAUGAAACGAUACUCAUUGAUGUUUAGAGUGCUUGUAGCCUUUACCAGCCUUUUUGCGGUCCUAGGGCAACAAAGGCCCAUAAAUAUCGAUGGUCAGUGGUCGCCAUGGUCGACUAUAACCACACCAUGCAUGAGAGCCAACGUGCAAGGACAGAUGAUGCCAGUCACUUGUGGAGGGGGAACUCAGAGACGAAUUCGAUCCUGCACUAAUCCAAGACCACAGGGCUUGAGACCGAAGCCAUGUGUUGGAACGGCGGAAGAGCAAAUCCCGUGCAAUGUUCAACCGUGCAACAUGCAAUGGUCACCGUGGUCAGGUUGUUCCGCUAAAUGUGGGCGUGGCAAUCGGCGGCGGUACACUUUGUGUGCGGCAGAGGCCGAGGGAAACCUCACGGACUGUAAGGCUUUGGGAUUAAAGAACCAAGCUUUUGAGCAUAUCGAGGAAUGCAACACGUGGGUUAAUGACCGAGCUGUUUGUCCCAGCCCUUGCGAAGGGUAUAAUUGCAUGGAAUUUGCUAAUUGCGUGGAUAUCUCUGACAAUGAUGAUCCUAAAGUGGAUUGCGUUUGCCAACUGGGCCGAAUCAUGAACGACAAAGAUGACGCGUGUAUCGUUCCUCCUCCCACCACUCCCACUCCACGACCGAAUCCGACCCUACCAGCUGCAGUGAAAACUGCCACGACUGCUGUGACCCGAACUGCAUCAACGCUUCUAAUCAUCUUCACGGGCAUCACCUUGUUCCUAUUCGCCAGUCUCAGGAUAUAUGACGAUGGUCGAGUCAUUCAGAUGAACAUGGAGAUCGCGCUAAUUCUGGCGCAUAUCAUGUUGCUGAUUCCUCCCCUGCAUGAUUACCCGGACAUUUGCAAAGUGAUAUCGAUCUUGCUACACUUCUUCUUCACGGCCUGCUUCAUGUUCAUGUUCUUAGAAUCCCUACACACCUAUUCCUUGGUGGCUUUCGUGGUCAAAAAGUCAGGGCUUUUCUCACGCGGUCAGAAUUUCUUCAUUGGAUGGGGUGUGGCUUUGGGAGUGAUAUUGUUGUCUCUCGGGUUCCAUGUCGGCGACUACGGUGGAGAAUACCAUUGCUGGCUACGGAUGAAUACGGGACUUAUGAUGACUCAAAUCAUUCCAAUUGUGAUCCUCGUCAUACUCACCUUCACCAUGAUUGAGGCGGCCGGAGCUGCCGAAUACAGACGAUUGCCGGGCAUGGAUCAACAACAAUUGGUUUCAGCGAAGAUCAUGCAACGCACAAACCUGAUCAUUAUGCCCUUGGUGUUUGUGAGCUACAUCGUGGGCGUAAUCGCGGAAUAUGAGCAAAACGUGGCCAUGUACGGAACUUUCACCAUUAUUAACGGAGUCUUGGGUGGAUGCAUUUUCUUUUUCCAUUCCACCGGAAACGAGCAGGUCCGGGAAAAGUUGACCAAAGGAUACAAUCUGAUUUUCAAGAAAGAAUAGUAGUGUAGAAGAGUGGUACGAGAAGAGAGGCUACAAAGAAAAACAAAUGCUAUCCCGGUAAAAAGUAUGAGCCCACAACCGGACGUAUGACCAACAUGCUUCUGCAAAAUGAGCAGAGGAGACUCAACCAGUUUAUCCAUUUAUUUGAAAAGAUGAAAAUUGACUAGAAAGGA